AUAUAUGUUUGUUGACGUUGGUUGUUGAUCACAUGUUUUUGACCUAUCUUUAGGUUCAAUUGGUUGGGACUGUAACCACUCUGUAUUAACUCAAGCAGGGCUUUGACCCGAGCGUAAAAAGUAGGUUAUGGUGGGAACAGCUGAUAACAGUCCUUAUUUACACCGCUAACAUUUGAUAAUUAUAUUUCAACUGUAGACUAGUUGCGAGCGUGAAAAUUUUAUUUUUCAAUGCCGGGACCUAGAAUGCCUCAAUUAAUAAAGUUUAAAAAUUGUAGAAUUUUAAGAAACAGCCGCAUUUUCGAAGACGACAUCUGGGUACGAGAAGGAAAAAUUAUCGAUCCUGAAAAGGUGUUUUUUGAUGAGAAAAAUUGUGCAGAUGUCCAAGUUGAUUGCCAAGGAGCCAUUGUAUCGCCGGGGUUCAUUGAACUGCAGAUAAACGGUGCGUUCGGCAUCGACUUCUCGCAGAAUGAGAACAACGUGGAGGAAGGGGUCUCGAAAGUGGCCAAAGGUCUCCUGGCACAUGGUGUCACUGCAUUCUGCCCCACCGUCGUCACGUCACCGAAGCACAUGUACCAUCAGAUACUGCCCCGCCUGAGGAAGAGGCCCGGGGGUCCCCACGGGGCCACCGUGCUCGGAGUCCACGUCGAGGGGCCGUUCAUCAACGUGGAGAAGAAGGGAGCGCACCCGGACCACUGCAUACGGGGCCUCGACAAGGGUUUUGAAACACUUUCGGAUGUUUACGGCUCUCUGGACAACUUCCGCAUCGUGACGUUGGCUCCAGAACUGGAGAAUGCGAUGCCUGUGAUAGAGGAACUGACGAAGCGUGGUAUCCUGGUUUCCCUGGGUCACUCGGUGUCGGACCUGCAGUGCGGGGAGGAAGCAGUCGGUAGGGGAGCCAACUUCAUCACGCACCUGUUCAACGCCAUGCUUCCCUUCCACCACCGGGACCCGGGCCUGGUCGGCCUGCUGGCCUCGGAGCGAGUGCCGCAGCCCGUCUACUACGGCAUCAUCGCUGACGGCAUCCACACGCACCCCGCGGCACUGCGCAUCGCCCACCGGACCAGCCCUCAAGGCGUGGUGCUGGUGACGGACGCCAUCUCCGCCAUGGGGCUGGAGGAGGGCACCCACACCAUCGGCCAGAUGACCGUGGAGGUGCGCGGGGACCGGGCCGUGCUGGCCGGCACGGACACGCUCUGCGGCAGCAUCGCCAGCAUGGUCGCCUGCCUGCGCACAUUCCGGGGCGCCACCUCAUGCUCCCUGGUGGAGGCCCUGGAGGCAGCCACGCUCCACCCGGCGCGCGCCCUGGGCAUCCAGGGACAGAAGGGCACGCUCGACUUCGGGGCGGACGCAGACUUCGUGUUCCUGGACGAGGCGCUCAACCUCUCCUCCACGUGGAUCGCAGGGGAGUGCGUGUUCCGGCACGGGGCUCGGCCGUGCUGAGCCGUCGCGCCGCGCCUCUCCAGGGGCUGGCGGCUGGGACGAUAUCCAGCCGAUACACUUUACACUACCCGAGACAAAUCUCGCACGAAAUAUCACGUGAGAGUAAAUUCAUUUUAAAAAAUCCAAACACAGAAUUUUUAUGAAAUCCCAAAGGUGAACUGUUUGAAAUCCGGGAAAGUUUUUAAGAUGCAGAAAAUUGAUUCUGAGGAAUCCGUCGGGCAGGAUCAAAGGAAAAUGUGCACGACUGCAAAAUCGGGGCAUGUUGGUAAAAUGUUGCGCGGUAGGUUUUUGUUCACUCUGAUUAAUUUCUUUACACUUCAGUUGUGUUGGAUAAGGAUUCUGUUCGUUUCCACACCAAACACAUUGUGUGAAUGAUUAUGUUUACUUAUUUGUUAUUUACAUGCACCUGUAUGGAAUAAUGUGAAGGAAGGUUAUGUUCUGCUCACAACUGUUCCUUAUUCAUUUCCUCGUAACAACAACACUUAUAUAACUCAUCGUGACUUCUGUAUAGUAAUACGCAUUGCAUUGGCAUAUUGAGAACCCAUUCAAGAUGGGGUUCACUAUUUUAAUUGUACCUGUUUUCUUCUCAACAUUUAUUGAGCAAUCAGAAAUACUACAUGUAUUAUUCAAAUUACUUGCACAUUCCUUUUUAUAUUUUUAUAGGUUGCUUCAAAAUUUACCAUAUACCAUUUUGUUGUUAAUUGAAAACCUUAUUGUAAAUGAAUUUGUCACAAAAUAUUUUUUUUACUUGAAUUGGGUCGAUGUGGAGUAUAUAGUAAAUUUGGACUUUUUUAUGGUAAGAAAUAGGCCUGUGCACACUUUUCUACCCCCUUAAACACACCCUUGACUGAAUAAUUGUGUUACAGGGUGAGAACCUUUAUGCACGGUAGGCUGACAACAAGUGAAUGCCUUUGGCAUCACACUGUUGGAGAAAAGAUUGUCGUCUUCCGCGCUAGAAAUAGAAAAUGACACUCUGAAGUUUCUUAAAUCAUUUGAAACAUAAGCUUACUGUUUCUAAACAGUUUAUGGAUACACAGCGCCCUGACAGGUGAUCACGUGACACGCUGCCGAGAGAGACGGCCUGCCCAAACCACGUGCCUUUCCGCCGUACUUUCAAUCUAUUAUAAGCUUUUUUGACGUGACGUCUAAUAAAUCGAUGAACGCCGGCGGCACGCACGAGAAAGGAUGACUCAUUGUCCCGUUACGCUCAUUGUAAGCUUGCGCCGCAUCUAUCUCUCUUCCACUCGAUUGGAACAACCAUCGAUUUGACUUUUUCAAGGCACAUUAAACUUGAAACACUCCCAUUCGUUUCCUACUUUUCCUAUCAUCGUCCUAUCCUUAACAGAAUAACACAGAUUGGAAGAAGUUAAAUAGCAAACACGUAUAAAAGUUAUAGUUAAAAUAAUCUUCUCGUUAAAGUAAUAAACAUAUUUGAAUUAAUGAGUGCAAAUAAAAGUAAAUUUAUCAAUUAAAUUGUAGAUUUCAUUUCACUCCUCCUUUGUAUCCAUACAAAAUAGUGAUAAAUCAAUAAAAAUGAUUCAAUUUUAUUCAUAAAAGUAUGCAAUCAUUUCAUCAAUGUUUUGUUAUAAUGUUGUCACGUUAAACUAUCAUCCGUAAACAGACUUUACAGACAACCAAUUUUUUUUUUGUUUUCAUAAGCUACUCUAGGUGAAUAAAAAAAACACCGCUAAUUAACACUUGCAGGCGAUUCCCAUACGUGAGACGAGUUUAGCGUGUUAGCGUGUCAGUCGGUACUUUUUUGCUACACGAGCAGUAAGUUUGUUAUGUUAAAUACCUAGCUCGCAUUGUAUAUGAUCAGGGCAUGGUUGAGUUGUGAGAUUUUUUUUUAAUGCUUGGGUUUACCCUGAUAGGAUAAAAAUUACAAGUCUAUUGCUAUAGACUCUUGCACAUUAACAAUCAUAUAGCUGAUUGCUAUAGAAUUCAUGAGAAACCUUACAAGUAAUGUAAUGUGCACAGAUCACAUUUACAGAAAUGGCCACUGUAACAUUUGCAGUCUUUAGAAUUUUUUUUUUUUUUAAUUUAAUUGUGGAUUUGAAAUGUACAUUUAAUAAUAGGGUUUGGUUUCUCUCAGUGGCUCUACAUAUGAUUACGAACUACUCUGUUGUGUAUUUUGCCAGACAGCUUGCUAAUACUUUGUGCAGGAAUAAAAAUAAAGUUACUAGAAAUUAUAAAUUAUAUCAUUCUGCCACAUUAUUCACUGCAUAAUUAUAUAUUCUUGAAAUUGAUAAAAAAUAACUUUAAAAACAAAAUAAAACCUAGAUCAACUAACACAAUAAAUUGUGGUUAGGUUUUUAUAAAUUUUUAUUUAUGAAUAUUGUGGAUUAUUCAAUAUAUAAGACUAUGAAUUGUGUUGGUAUGCUGUUUUCACAAAAUUGAAAUUUUUAUUGUGCUAUAAGUUUGAUUUUUUUAUAUAGUAAAAUAUGAAUACAUUAGUUUUAAUUAGAAAAUAACAAACAUGAAUCAAGAAAGAUUGUGUGUUAUGUGUACAUGUCAAAAUUGGUCAUGUAAAAAUGUAGCUAUGAAUGCUGAAUUUUUGAUCAGGGAAUAUAGUAAGUUUUCACAACCUUCUUGAUCCGAACAUUGUUAUGAACUACAGAGUAAAUCUAAAACAUUCACUGAAAUUUGUAUGUUAUGAAAUAAAAUGACAGUGAUUUUAGUAAAGUUGUCCUCUAAUUCCACUUUAUUUCAAGACUUGAAUAGUAUUCCAAUGUUACACAGUGCUGUAACUUUCAUUUUAGUGUUAUUUCAGUCUUUUUACAAUCUCCGUAAAAUAUGGUCUCAGCAUGUAAACUAUUGUGUAGAUACAACUGCCUGGCUGUCUACAGAAACCACAUUAAGAUUGUGAUUUGCUAAAGUUAGAAUAUUUUACUGGAAUUACAUAAACGUACUUAACAGUUUCAUGGAGAUAUUCCUUUUUAUUAAAAUUUGAUAGCUUGCAAGUACAAAUAUACAUAUUGUGUAAGUUAAUAUUUAUGCUUUAUAACUUUAGAGCUGUCUUUUUUAAAAAUUGUUGUUAAAUAUUUUGUUUUGUGAUAAAAUUUUCAUGCACACAGUUUUGUAAAUAAGUUGGAGUUUCAACAUUUGACCAUAAUGUUACUAUCAUGAAUAUAGAUUUAUAUUUUUGUAAAUAUUCAUGUUCUUUAAGAAUGUUACCAGAAUGUUGUACAUUAAAUUUAUACAAUUGGGUAUUUUGUUCACACAUUUGUGCAAUAGUUGCCUACUUGUGGUCCUAAAACACUUGUGCAGUCACUAACAACAAAUGACUACUCAUCUGCUGAAUUAAAUCAUCUAGAGAUAACAUAGUGUGUAGAAUUUUGAUAAAAUAAAUAUAUUGGCAGUUGCUUCCUUA